GUCGAUAAGAUCCGGGAGUGCAUCAGCGAGAACAAAAACGCCAGCGUGGAGCUGGAGAAGCUGCAGCCUUCCUUCGAGGCUCUGAAACGCCGCGGGGAGGAGCUGAUCGGCCGGUCGCAGGGAACGGACAAGGACCUGGCAGCAAAAGUAAUUCAGGAUAAGUUGGAUCAGAUGGUCUUCUUCUGGGAAGACAUCAAAGCUCGGGCUGAGGAACGUGAAAUGAAGUUCCUUGAUGUCUUGGAGCUUGCAGAGAAGUUCUGGUACGACAUGGCAGCCCUCCUGACGACCAUCAAAGACACGCAGGACAUUGUUCACGACCUGGAGAGCCCAGGCAUUGACCCCUCCAUCAUCAAGCAGCAGGUGGAGGCAGCAGAGACCAUUAAAGAGGAGACGGAUGGGUUGCACGAAGAGCUGGAGUUCAUCCGCCUCCUUGGAACUGAUUUAAUUUUUGCCUGUGGCGAAACUGAGAAACCAGAAGUGAAGAAGAGCAUUGAUGAGAUGAACAACGCGUGGGAAAACCUGAACAAAACGUGGAAGGAAAGACUUGAAAAGCUGGAAGAAGCCAUGCAGUCGGCUGUGCAAUACCAAGAUACGCUGCAAGCCAUGUUCGACUGGUUGGACAACGCUGUCAUCAAACUCUGCAACAUGUCACCCGUCGGCACCGACCUCAACACAGUCAAGGAGCAAAUGAACGAGAUGAAGGAGUUUAAAAUGGAGGUUUACCAGCAGCAGAUUGAGAUGGAAAAGCUUAAUCACCAAGGUGAACUGAUGCUUAAAAAAGCUACAGAUGAGACAGACAGAGACAUCAUAAAGGAACCACUGACAGAGCUGAAACAUCUCUGGGAGAAUUUGGGCGAGAAGAUUGCUCACAGACAGCAUAAGUUAGAAGCCGCUCUCCUGGCGCUCGGCCAGUUCCAGCACGCGUUGGCGGAGCUGAUGGCCUGGCUGACCCACACCGAGGAGCUGCUCGACGCUCAAAAACCCAUCAACGGAGACCCAAAAGUCAUCGAGGUUGAGCUCGCGAAGCACCACGUGCUGAAGAACGACGUCCUGGCCCACCAAGCGACCGUGGAGACCGUGAACAAAGCGGGCAAUGAGCUGCUGGAGUCGAGCGCGGGGGACGACGCCAGCAGCCUGCGCAGCCGCCUGGAGAAGCUGAACUCGUGCUGGGAGUCGGUGCUGCAGAAGACGGAGGAAAGGGGGCAGCAGCUGCAGUCCACGCUCCAGCAGGCCCAGGGUUUCCAUGGUGAGAUUGAAGAUUUCCUCCUGUGGCUAACGAGGAUGGAGAGCCAAUUGUCGGCAUCAAAACCCACAGGAGGUCUGCCAGAAACUGCCCGGGAACAGCUCAAUGCCCACAUGGCGAAGCUGGAGGAGGCGCUGGCCCUGGCCACGGACUUCCAGAACUCUCUCCAGGACUUCAUCAACUGGCUCACGUUGGCCGAGCAGAGCCUGAACAUCGCACCCCCGGCCAGCCUCAUCCUCAACGCUGUGUUGGCCCAGAUCGAUGAGCACAAGGUGUUUGCCAACGAGGUGAACGCUCAUCGGGAUCGGAUCAUCGAGCUAGACCAAACCGGGAACCAGCUGAAGUUCCUCAGUCAAAAGCAGGACGUGGUGUUGAUCAAGAACCUGCUGGUGAGCGUCCAGUCCCGCUGGGAGAAGGUCGUCCAGCGCUCGGUGGAGCGGGGACGGGCUCUUGAUGAUGCCAGGAAACGAGCCAAACAGUUCCACGAAGCUUGGAAGAAACUGAUUGAUUGGCUGGAGGAUGCAGAGAAUCACCUGGACUCGGAACUGGAGAUUUCCAAUGAUCCCGACAAAAUCAAGCUCCAGCUCUCCAAACACAAGGAGUUCCAGAAGACACUGGGGGGCAAGCAGCCCGUCUACGACACCACCAUCAGAACAGGCAGAGCCCUCAAAGAAAAAGCCUUGCUUGCAGAUGACACUCAAAAGCUGGACAAUUUACUGGGAGAAGUCCGGGAUAAGUGGGACACGGUGUGCGGCAAAUCCGUGGAAAGGCAGCACAAGCUGGAAGAAGCCCUCUUGUUCUCUGGCCAGUUCAUGGAUGCGCUGCAGGCUUUGGUGGACUGGCUCUACAAGGUGGAACCCCAGUUGGCUGAAGACCAGCCUGUCCACGGUGACCUGGAUCUGGUCAUGAACCUGAUGGAUGCUCACAAGGUCUUCCAGAAGGAGCUGGGGAAGCGCACGGGGACGGUCCAGGUGCUCAAGCGCUCCGGCCGGGAGCUCAUUGAGAACAGCCGGGAUGACACGACCUGGGUGAAGGUGCAGCUGCAGGAACUGAGCAACCGGUGGGACACGGUGUGCAAGUUGUCCGUAUCCAAACAAACCCGUCUGGAACAGGCCUUGAAGCAGGCAGAGGAGUUCCGGACGGCCGUGCACAUGCUGCUGGAGUGGCUCUCGGAGGCAGAGCAGUCCCUGCGCUUUCGGGGGGCACUGCCCGACGAUGAGUUCAUGAAGAAAGUGGAAGAGAAGAGAGCGGACGUGAACGCGGCGGUGGGCAUGGGGGAGGUCAUCCUGGCCGCCUGCCAUCCCGACUGCAUCACCACCGUCAAACACUGGAUCACCAUCAUCCGAGCCAGGUUCGAGGAGGUUCUCACGUGGGCGAAGCAGCACCAGCAGAGACUGGAGUCUGCGCUUUCCGAGCUGGUGGCGAACGCGGAGCUUCUGGAAGAGCUCCUGGCCUGGAUCCAGUGGGCUGAGACGACCCUGAUCCAGCGGGACCAGGAGGCCAUGCCACAAAACAUCGAGCAGGUCAAAGCCCUCAUCUCCGAACACCAGUCUUUUAUGGAGGAGAUGACACGGAAACAGCCAGACGUGGACCGGGUGACGAAGACGUACAAGAGGAAGGCUACUGAGCCCCCCCACGGGCCCUUCAUCGAGAAGUCUCGUGGCAACAGAAAAUCCUUGAGCCAGGCUGCUCCCCCCAGCAUGCCCAUUAUCUCCCAGUCGGAAACAAAGAACCCCCGGAUAAACCAGCUCUCGGCCCGCUGGCAGCAGGUCUGGCUGCUGGCGCUGGAGCGACAGCGAAAGCUCAACGAUGCCCUGGACAGGCUGGAGGAGUUGAAGGAGUUUGCCAACUUCGACUUCGACGUCUGGCGGAAGAAGUACAUGCGCUGGAUGAACCACAAGAAAUCCCGCGUCAUGGACUUCUUCCGGCGCAUCGACAAAGACCAAGAUGGGAAGAUCACUCGGCAGGAGUUUAUCGAUGGCAUCCUGGCCUCUAAAUUCCCCACCACGAAGCUGGAGAUGACGGCGGUGGCCGACAUCUUUGACCGUGACGGUGACGGCUACAUCGAUUACUAUGAGUUUGUGGCUGCUCUCCAUCCCAACAAGGACGCCUACCGCCCCACCACUGAUGCUGACAAGAUCGAAGAUGAGGUCACCAGGCAAGUGGCCCAGUGCAAGUGUGCCAAGAGAUUCCAAGUGGAGCAGAUCGGCGAGAACAAAUACCGGUUCUUCCUCGGCAAUCAGUUCGGCGAUUCCCAGCAGCUGCGGCUGGUCCGUAUCCUGCGGAGCACGGUGAUGGUCCGCGUCGGUGGAGGAUGGAUGGCCCUGGAUGAAUUUUUAGUGAAGAACGAUCCUUGCAGAGCACGAGGACGGACCAACCUUGAACUCCGAGAGAAAUUCAUCUUGCCAGAGGGGGCCUCCCAGGGAAUGACGCCGUUCCGAUCGCGAGGCCGAAGAUCGAAACCGUCCUCCCGAGCAGCCUCCCCGACGCGAUCCAGCUCCAGCGCCACGGCGGGCGCGGGGCGCGCUCCCCCGCUGCGUAAAAAGCGGGCGCGGAGCUGCCUCCUGUGCUGCUUUUUCCCCCGCCGCCUGCGUUUGCGACGUCUUAAAGGUCAGGGAAAGCACCGUUUCAGGAUGCGGCCGAUCCGGCUGUGGUUUGUGCCCCUGUUCGUCACCGGUGCCCCGCUGCUCAACAUUUAUCCGCCCUUGGGUGGUGGGUGCACGGACCCGCCGACUCACGGCAUCGCGCCGGUGCCUCCCAGCGACGGGAUGCGUUUCUCGAGGCGCUGCCUUGUGUUUGACCUCCCAAAACGGUCCUGA